AUGAAUCACACUCCACCUCACAAUCCCAACCCGAACCCAAACAAUCAAGAUGCCAAUACUCCACCCCAACAACCAAGACAACAACAACACCAAGAACCUCUCAUAGAUAUGCCACAUUGGAAUCAACCACCUCCUCAACCAAAUCAACCCAAUUAUCAACAACCACAACCACAAUACCAAAACUUUCAUCAAAACAACCAACCUCAAAACAAUUAUUUUCAAGUUCAACAACAACAAGCACAUCAACCUAUUUACCCACAACCUAUAACGUACCAACACCCAAUGUACCCACAACAACAACCCCCAUACAACCAAUAUCCUAACUACCAACCUUAUCCACCAAAAAUGUACAAUCACCAACAAUACCCAUACCCACAUCACCAACAACCUCCCAAUUACAUGAAACAAUAUCCCAAUAACCCCAAUCCACCCAAUCCCCCUCAAGAGUUGACUCUUCGACAAAUGAUGGAGACGGAUGUUACUCACACUCCUCUUGGUAUUGUUUAUCCCGAAAACCGUCGAGGGAUUGAAUUGAAGUCAAGUUUCAUACAUCAAGUCACCAAGUUCCAUGGGUUGGAUAGAGAAGAUCCUCAAAAGGCAUUUGAAGUCCUUUCAUAUUAUAUGUGUUAG